AUGGCCCCAUCACUAGAGGAGCCAGAGGCUGUCGCCGACGUCUUCGCCAAUCCCCUCAAGCAGAAGCCGCAGCUCGUCGCCCCGGAGCCAGAGCACUGCCCAGGCCCAGAAUCUGAGCGCGCCGGCACGGCUUCGUCAUGCGAUGGCUGUCCCAACCAGGCCAUCUGCGCAUCCGCCCCCAAGGGCCCAGACCCAGACAUCCCCAUCAUCACGGAGCGGCUGCAGCACGUCAAGCACAAGAUCCUGGUGCUGAGCGGCAAAGGCGGCGUGGGCAAGAGCACAUUCACCAACCUGCUCGCGCACGCCUUUUCGACGAACCCAGACAGCACGGUGGGCGUCAUGGACGCAGACAUUACGGGGCCCAGCACGGCCAAGAUGCUGGGCGUGGAGAACGAGACGAUUCACGUGAGCGCAACGGGCAUGUCGCCUGUGUGGGUGACGGAGAACCUGGCGGUGAUGUCGAUACAGUUUAUGCUUCCGGAUAGGGACGCCGCGAUCAUCUGGCGAGGGCCGAAGAAGAAUGGGCUGAUAAAGCAGUUUUUGAAGGACGUGGAAUGGGGCGACUUGGACUUCCUGCUGGUGGACACGCCUCCCGGCACGAGCGACGAGCAUCUAAGCGUAAACUCAUUCCUGAAAGAGAGCGGCAUCGAUGGCGCGGUGGUGGUAACGACGCCACAGGAAGUCGCUCUUCUCGACGUGCGCAAGGAGAUUGACUUUUGCCGCAAGGCCGGCAUCAAGAUCCUGGGUCUGGCGGAGAACAUGAGCGCCUUUGUGUGCCCCAACUGCAAGGGCGAGAGCCAGAUCUUCAAGGCCAGCACGGGCGGCGGCAGGGCGCUCGCGGACGAGAUGGACAUUCCGUUUUUGGGAUCGGUGCCUCUGGACCCGAGGAUACGGAUGGCAUGUGACUAUGGUGAGAGCUUCUUCGACUCGUUCCCCGAUAGCCCGGCUUGCAUUGCCUUUAAGCAGGUGGUGAGGAACUUGGGCCGGCAGCUGGGGCUGGAUGAGAAGACGGUGCUGCCGGACGAGUAGAAAUGGGAAACACGUUUUUGCAUCAUAUCGGGGGGGAAACAAAGAAACAACUGGAUGAAUAAAUGGGCGGGCAAUUAGUCAACUUUUGGCAUAGCGAACAUGUUAUUUCUUUUAUUAUUAUUUCUAUCCGCUCAACUGCUUUGGAAUAUCUUCCAGAUCCUCUGCAGACUCUAUAUCGAUAACCUUGUUCACCUCGGCCGUGUUGCGUAUCAGCUCUUUUGCGCCGGCGUAGAGCAUCCUUGUUGCGGCAUUGCAGUUGAUGGGGAGGUAGUAGAUCAUGGUGUAAGGCACGGAUAGCCGUCCAUCGGGCUGCAUGGCGAAUCAUCC